GAGAAAAGAGCAAGGGGACUCCUCCUUCCUCAGAAGUUAACCACAGUGUGUUGUUUUGCACUAGAGCAGGUGGACGCGAAGCUCGCUGGAGGGGAGCGUUGCGCUGCUCACGAGAGUGAACCCACAGGCCCCUGGAUAUCAGCUGCUCAUGUUUGCUUGAUAACCCAUGAUGAUGGUCAUGCAUUUCAGUCUCCUUUUUCUGGUUCUUCCAGUUGUGGCUCAGGACGUCCCCUCAGCCCCACACGGCUGCAUGGAAGGCAGCUGCUACCCGGCGACAGGGAACCUUCUGAUUGGCCGAGCUAUCAACCUGACUGCCACCUCCACCUGUGGCCUGGAAGGACCCGAGCUGUACUGCAUUGUCAGUCAUCUACAGGAGUCAGAUAAGUGCUUUAUAUGUACCUCGCAGGAGUCAUAUGACCACUAUCACCGCAGAAACAGCCAUCUAGUGGAGAAUGUAAUCUACCAGAGAGACAGCAGAGGAGAACUCACAUGGUGGCAAUCUGUAAAUGGAGAGGAAAAUGUCAGUAUUAGACUGAAUCUUGAAGCUGAAUUCCACUUUACCCAUCUCAUCAUGAAGUUUAAGACGUUUAGGCCUGCUGCUAUGCUGAUUGAGCGUUCUUCUGAUUUUGGCCAUACGUGGAGGCCGUAUCGCUACUUUGCCUACAAUUGCACCAAGACUUUUUCCACAGUUCCGGCCCACUCUCUUCGAUUUAUUGAUGAGGUCAUCUGUGAGGAGCGCUACUCUGAUAUCGAGCCGUCUUCUGAGGGAGAGGUCAUUUACAAAGUUCUUGAUCCUGCAAUCCAUGUCAAAGACCCAUACAGUCUUGAAAUUCAAGAUUUGUUGCGGAUCACUAACCUUAGGAUAAACUUCACCAAGCUGCACACUCUGGGUGAUAACCUGCUUGAUCGUCGUCCGGAUGUGCUGCAGAAAUAUUACUAUGCACUGCAUGAGCUGGUUGUGCGUGGGAGCUGCUUCUGUUAUGGCCAUGCAUCUGAGUGUGCACCAGUGCCUGGGGUGACCACCCGAGAUGCUGGCAUGAUUCAUGGUCGUUGUGUGUGUAAGCACAACACAGAGGGAUUAAACUGUGAGCAUUGUAGAGAUUUCUACCAUGAUGCACCCUGGAGACCUGCCGAGACUGAUAAUGCCCAUACCUGCGAGGAAUGCAACUGUAAUGGUCACUCCAACCAGUGUCAUUUCGACAUGGCUGUAUAUCUGGCUACGGGAAAUGUCAGUGGAGGUGUGUGUGACAACUGUCUCCACAACACGAUGGGCCGCAACUGUGAGACCUGCAAACCCUUCUACUACCAGAAUCCAGCUAGAGAUAUCAGAGACCCGGCAGCAUGUAUCUCCUGUGACUGUGACCCGGUGGGCUCUCUAGAGGGAGGAGUUUGUGACAGUCAAACUGAUCUGGAUCUGGGUAUGAUUGGUGGUCAGUGUCGCUGUAAGCAGAAUGUCAAAGGUCAGCGCUGUGACUACUGCAAAGAGGGACACUAUGGACUCAACCCACUGGGAUGCCAACCAUGUAACUGUGACCCCCGGGGCAUCACUAUGCUGGGGGCUCCAUGUGAUCAGAUCAGUGGUGACUGCUACUGCAAGAGAUAUGUAACAGGCCGCUACUGCAAUCAGUGCCUACCUGAACACUGGGGACUCAGUAAUGACCUGGCUGGCUGCAGACCCUGUGACUGUGACUUUGGAGGAUCAACCAGUAACAGUUGCAUGAUGGACAAUGGUCAGUGUGACUGUCGACCUCACCUGAUUGGUCGGCAGUGUUCUGAAGUACAGCCUGGGUAUUUCUGUGCUUCACUGGACUAUUACAAAUAUGAGGCGGAGGGAGCCAUAGGGCACUCCCCAGAAGAUCCCUCUCUUCCAGGCAAACCAAGGCCUCAAGCUGAGACCGACUGUGUGCAACAUCUCAACAACCAGCUGAGAAGACACCGGCGUCACCGGCGCAUUGCCACCGCCCAGCAGCAGAGAGCAGCACUAAGACGCAUCCGACAGUUGCAGCAAACUCCCAGCGUGAGCACAGUGCACAGAGAGAGACAGCCGGGUCAGAUGGUCACGUGGACCGGACCUGGCUUUGCUCGGGUUAAAGACGGUGCCGGCCUUGAGUUUACAAUCAGUAACAUUCCUUACGCCCUGGAAUAUGACAUCAUGAUCCGAUAUGAGCCAGAGUCUACAGAAGACUGGGAGGUUUUAGUGAGUGUCACAUCUCUGAAACUGCCCAUGAGUCUCCCCUGUGGAAACAUGCUACCCACAGAGCAGAUGUACACAGUCACCAUGCCCCAUCACAGGAGAUAUAUUCAAAUGCCAAGGCCCUUCUGUUUUGAGCCAAACAACCACUAUGUGCUGUCCAUCCGUUUCCAGCGUCAUGGUGUUUCUCACCGACAUCUCACCGCCUUCAUCCUCAUAGACUCUCUUGUGCUGAUACCUAAGUAUGAAGAGCUCCCUGGUUUUCAGAGUAAUGACGCGCCAGACGAGCAUAGGCGCCUUGAGAUGGAGUUGUACAUGUGUUUAGAUUCUUUCAUGACCAUACCAAUGCCUGCACUGGCCGAGCUGUGCACAAAACUAAUCUGCAGCAUCUCAGCUAUCAUUCACAAUGGUGCCCUGGCAUGUCAAUGUGACCCUCAAGGUUCCCUGAGUGCAGAGUGUGAUAGAGUUGGAGGACAAUGUCGCUGUAAGCCCAAUGUUAUUGGCCGUGAAUGUGAUCAGUGUGCACCAGGGAUGUAUGGAUUUGGGCCAUAUGGCUGCACUGUAUGUGACUGCCACUCGCAGGGCUCUGUGGGGCAUCAGUGUGACCCGGUUACGGGCCAGUGUCCCUGCCGGCAUGGAGCGAUGGGACGUCAGUGCUCGGACUGCCAGCCGGGUCAGUGGGGAUUCCCCAACUGUAGGCUGUGCCAGUGUAAUGGCCAUGCAGAGAGCUGUGACCCUGAGACUGGUGCCUGCUACGAGUGCAGAGACUACACAACAGGACAGCUAUGUGAGAGGUGUAUGAAUGGUUUCUAUGGAAACCCAGUUUUGGGUUCUGGCGAGCACUGUCAUCCCUGUCCAUGUCCAGGUCAUCCUGGCAGUGGACAUUCCAAUGGAGCUUCUUGUCACGUAGACUACGCCUCCAAUCAAAUAGUCUGCCAAUGUAGCCAAGGAUAUGCAGGUCCUCGCUGUGAUCGCUGUGCUCCUGGUUACUAUGGGGAUCCUGAGCAGCCUGGUGGGGCUUGCCGCCCAUGCCAGUGCAAUGGGAACAUUGAUCCCCAGGACCCCGAGUCAUGUGACCCACGCACCGGCCAAUGCCUUAAGUGCCUGUAUAACACAGACGGCCACUUGUGCUCUGAGUGUAAACCUGGUUACUAUGGAAAUGCACUCACACAGGACUGUAGGUGCUGUACAUGUGUAAAUGCAGGCACUUUACAGGCCUACUGCAUCGAUGGAGUAUGUCACUGUGAUAGACGGACCGGACAUUGCCCUUGCAGAUUGAACAUCAUCGGCCACAACUGUGACCAGUGUGCCCCUAAUCAUUGGGACUUCGGCUCUGAUUAUGGAUGUAAACCAUGUGGAUGCUCCCAACCAAAUGCCCUCAGCACCCAAUGCAACAUGUUCAGUGGUCAGUGUCAUUGCCAGCCAGGUUUUGGAGGGAAACAGUGCACAGAGUGUGUGAUGUUCCACUGGGGUGAUCCCAGAGUGCAAUGUGAGGAGUGUAACUGUCACCCACUGGGGUCAGAUACAGCUCAAUGUGACCGUGCAACUGGUGCAUGUGAGUGUAAGGAGGGAGCUUCAGGAUGGCGCUGUGACGAGUGUGCCCGCGGCUUUACUGGAACCUUCCCCAAGUGUGUUCCCUGCCAUCCCUGCUUCCAGCUGUGGGAUGAUGCGGUGUGCCAAGUCCGCCGUGAUUUGACCCACAUCAAGGAUAUCAUUGCAAACAUUCUGGAGAAGGGAGAGGUGCCCAAUAUCAGUGAUGCCCGCAUUCAUGAAUUGGAAAGGAAGCUGGAACAGGUUCAGGACCUAAUACGAAAUGGAGACAGAGAAGGAACAUAUAACAUUAUCAACCAGUCCAUCGAUGACUUGAGAGCUGAGAUAGCUUUUACUGAUGGGCGUUUGAUGGGUGUGGUUCACGAACUGAAUAUGACAGCAGAACAUGAUGACGCUCUGAAACGGAACCUAACCACAUUGGAGCGAGAACUUAGAGACUUGAACAAUACACUUCAUCACCUGCGCAGAGAGCUCGAGAACUACCUCACUGUUGGGCUGUCAGAACAGUUUGAGAAUGUGCGCAAGUACUACCAGAGUUCACUGAAAUCAGAACAUCACUGUAAUGCCUCCAUAUAUGGACCCCAAAGCCCUGUGGAACAGUCUUAUGAUACACGCAACCGUACCGAAGCCUUGCUGAAAGAGAGAAAGGACAGCUUCCUACGUACAGUUGCUGCCAACUAUAAAUCUCUGUCUGAACUAGAGGGAAAAGAUCAUGGUAUGGACAAAAAUGUCCGCCUCCUCAGCGACAAGGUAUGUGGUGGCCAUGGCAACACUAGUGCAAAUAACAGCUGUUCUGAUAGCCCAUGUGGGGGUGCAGGUUGUCGUGACAGUGAAGGUGCGCUGAAGUGUGGAGGAAGGGGGUGUGAAGGAACCAUUGGGGCAUCAGUGGUGGCCCUGGACCACACUGAUGAUGUUCGUAAGAACCUGACCACCACAAGCAAGGAAUUACAAUUGUUGGGUAAAAAGCUCAAAGACAUUGCUACACUCGCCCAGAAUGUGAAGACUCAAGCAAAGGACACUCUUGAUAAAGCCCAGAGCAAGAAGGAACUCUUUGAGAAUUCCAACAAGAAACUGAAAGAUUUCAUUCAGAAGAUAAGAGACUUUUUGACAGAGGAGGGAGCAGAUCCAGAAAGCAUUGAGAAAAUGGCCCAGCAGGUUUUGGCAAUCACCUUACCAUUCAACAGAACCAUAAUAGUCAACAUAGUCCAGCAGAUCAAAGACAACAUUGCCAACCUCACCAAAGUGGAGGAUGUGUUCAACCGUACAUCAGAGCAACUCGCCAUGGCCAGGGAUGUGCUCAAACGAGCACAAAAUGCAAGUGCACAAGCAGAGGGAGUAAGUGAUAAUAUCAAUAAAACUAACGAGGCACUUGAAACCUCCCAGAGUGCUAUAAAGAAAGCUGAGGAAGAAAUUACCACAACCCUGCAAAACCUGAACAGUGUCCAGAACAUCACCACUACGGUUGACAACAAAGUCGUAUAUGUAGGCAACAACCUGAUGGAUGUGAUGAUGCGAUUGGCUAAUCUGUCCAAUGGAGUGGAUUUAUUGAAGAACAAAAUUGAGCAGAACAGGGAGAUGGCACAAGAUGCCAAGGCCCAGUCGGACAAUGCUACACGAGAGGCUGCUGGUCUUCAAGAGGAACUAACAGAUGUGGAGAAUCUGUACAAGGAGUUGAAAGCGAAGGUAGAAUCUGUGAGCGGGAAUGGCGAGGGGGAUGUUAACCAAAGAGCCAUGGACAUGAAGAAAGAGGCAGAGGAUCUUCUCAAGAAAGCCACUAAGGGCAUUGAAACCAUCAGAAAACUGGAAAGAAAGUUAAACAAAAACGAGCAGAAAAUGCAGCAGCAGCGGAAUGAACUGGCAGAUCUGGAGAAAAACGUUACAGACAUCAGAGAAUAUAUCAGAAUUAAAGUCAUGGGAUAUAACAACUGUCAGUAGAAAUAGUAUAUAAAAGGACAAUCUGAAAUCAGAGCUUUCCCCCUGAUAUUGUUACAUAUAAACCCAUAUUGCUAUUUCAGUAAGAAUCAGCGACUUCACUACUACCAAUUUUAUCAAGUAUGGCAUUUUAAUGCUCAUGUUCAAAUAGUUGUCUAACAUUAUUUUGUAUGCUAUGUUCUCAAAACGAUUAAAAUAAUUAAUGAGUUUGUCAUCUUUCUGCCAAUGAUAAAGUGGCUUUAUUUCCAUGAUGUAUGGCUUGAAACAUUUCAACAUUCAGUUUGUCAGCAAAGUUUUUGACAUUAUUGACAAACUUUGGUAUGAAGCACUAGGUCUUAUUGUCUUCCAACUAAAUGCAGAUUAAAAAGCAGAUCAAAUGGCCUAGCCCCAUGUUACGUUUUCCUAUAUUGUAUAAAAGACAUAUAUAGACACAUUAAAUAAACCUUUGAUAUUAAAUUCUAAAUGUAUAGUGUCUUAUUUAUACACUCUAAACAUGUUAUUUUAUGUGUUACAACUGAAUUACAGGAGGGGGCGACAGAGAAUGUAGAAAAGGUGCCUUACAAACCUGUCAGUAACUGAUGUCUGUGUGGAGCAACCUUCCAAUUUCCAACUUACAGUACAUAUUGUAUAUUGCCACUUAGGCCUUGUGUUUACAAUUGUAUUGCUUGUUCCUCAAUUUCCUAAAAAAAAAAAUGGGUUGUUUACAUACAUAAAAUGUUGC